AGUACCUUUCUGUUGCGCACCGGUUACCAAACUAAAGCGGAUCACCGACAGCACCAAGGACUUUAUUUACCGCUGCGUCAAAUGGGCCAUACAGGGUUGGAUAAGUUCUGCAGCCCCGACAGAUCCGAUCCAUUCUGGGACUGGAACCGUACAUGGCACACUGCUAACCCAGACCUCACCCAGUGCUUUCAGAACACUGUGCUGGUGUGGCUGCCAUGUUUCUACCUCUGGCUUUGUGCCCCCAUCUACCUCCUCUACCUCCGCAGACAUGACAAUGGCUAUAUUUGUAUGAGUCACCUCAACAAAGCCAAAACUGCCGUUGGCUUUUUAUUGUGGAUUAUCUGCUGGGCAGAUGUUUUCUAUUCUUUCUGGGAAAGAAGUCAUGACAAUGUCAUAUCUGCACCCGUCCACCUCGUCAGUCCCACCUUACUGGGUCUCACCAUGUUGCUGAGCACCUUGUUAAUCCAGUAUGAAAGGAUGAAAGGUGUUCAGUCGUCAGGGGUGAUGCUGAUCUUCUGGCUGUUGGCUCUGCUGUGUGCGACCGUCACCUUCAGAUCCAAGGUCCUGCAGGCCCUGGAACAGCCGUCUACAGUGUGUGUGUGGCGCUACACCACCUUCUUCAUCUACUACACACUUCUGCUUGUUGCUUUCUUCCUGUCGUGCCUCUUGGACCAGCCACCACUCUUCUCCAACUCUGUUAAAGACUCGAACCCCUGCCCUGAACCUGGAGCUUCCUUCCUCUCCAGAAUAACCUUCUGGUGGAUCACCAGGAUGAUGGUGACAGGCUACAAAAGGCCACUGGUGGAGAAUGACCUGUGGUCUUUGAACUCUGAGGACCGCUCUCACAGGGUCGUUCCACGGCUGGUAAAUUGGUGGAACAAAGAGUGCCAAAAGGUCAAAAGGACAGACCAGAAGACCAUGUACUCACCCAAACAGGCCUCACAAAACGAAGGCAAAGAUGGCUCAAAUGUGGAGGAGUCUGAAAUUUUGAUCAUUAAAGCCCCCAAGAAGACAAAGGAGCCCUCCCUAUUGUGGGCUCUGUGCCUCACUUUUGGUCCAUACUUCCUCAUCUCCUGUCUUUACAAAAUCAUCCAGGACAUUCUGAUGUUUGUGGGGCCUGAGAUCCUCCGGCUGCUGAUUCACUUCGUCAAUAAUUCCAACACCCCGUCCUGGCAGGGCUUCUUCUACACUGCUCUGCUCUUCAUUUGUACCUGUGUGCAGUCCCUCAUCCUGCAGCAGUAUUUCCAUGUGUGUUUUGUCUCUGGUAUGCGACUACGCACUGCCGUCAUUGGAGCUGUCUACAGGAAGGCCUUGGUUAUCAGCAACGCAGCACGCCGCACUUCAACAGUAGGGGAGAUUGUGAACCUGAUGUCGGUGGACGCUCAGCGCUUCAUGGACCUCAUCACUUACAUCAACAUGGUCUGGUCCGCUCCCCUGCAGGUGGUGCUGGCCCUCUACUUUCUCUGGCAGAAUCUGGGUCCAUCUGUGCUGGCAGGAGUAGCUGUGAUGAUUCUGAUGGUUCCUGUUAAUGCCGUCAUCGCCAUGAAAACCAAAACUUACCAGGUAGCUCAAAUGAAAAGCAAAGACAAUCGUAUAAAGCUAAUGAACGAGAUGCUGAAUGGCAUCAAGGUUCUGAAGCUGUACGCCUGGGAGCUGGCAUUCAAGGACAAAGUGUCAGAAAUACGGGAGAAGGAGCUCCAGGUACUGAAGAAAGCUGCAUACCUGGGCGCAAUAUCCACCUUCACCUGGGUCUGUGCACCUUUCCUGGUGGCUCUGUCCACUUUCAGUGUGUAUGUGAUGGUUGAUGAUCGUAAUGUGCUGGACGCUCAGAAAGCCUUUGUGUCACUGGCGCUCUUCAACAUCCUGCGUUUUCCACUCAACAUGUUGCCUAUGGUCAUCAGCAGUAUCGUACAGGCGAGUGUGUCUUUAAAGCGCCUCAGAGUGUUUCUGUCGCAUGAGGAGCUGCAGGAGGACAGUGUGGAGCGCAAAGGAGCCGCAGGACUUCCACACAGUAUCUCCAUAACAGAUGGAGUUUUCAGCUGGUCCAAAAAUGAGUCGCCAACACUUAAAAGGCUGAAUGUGCUUAUCCCAGAAGGUGCUCUUGUGGCUGUGGUCGGACAUGUAGGUUCAGGAAAGUCCUCGCUGCUCUCUGCUCUGCUCGGAGAGAUGGAUAAACUAGAAGGAUCCGUGGCCGUCAAGGGUUCAGUGGCCUACGUUCCUCAACAGGCCUGGAUUCAGAAUUCGACUCUAAAAGACAACAUAGUGUUCGGUCAGGAGAGGAAGGAGGCCUGGUAUCAGCGUGUGGUGGAGGCAUGUGCCCUGCAGCCAGACCUGGAGAUCCUACCUGCUGGAGACAAUACAGAGAUUGGAGAGAAGGGUGUGAAUCUGUCUGGAGGUCAGAAGCAGAGGGUGAGCCUGGCCAGAGCCGUGUACUGUGACCGAUUAGUCUACCUGCUGGAUGACCCGCUGUCGGCUGUCGAUGCUCACGUGGGAAAACACAUUUUUGAUCAAGUUAUCGGCCCACAGGGACUGCUCAAGGACAAGACUCGUGUGCUGGUGACCCAUGGUCUGAGCUACCUGCCCCAGACUGACCUGAUCCUGGUUAUGGUGGAGGGAGAAAUCACAGAGGUGGGCUCUUACAAGCAGCUCCUGGAAACAGAGGGCGCCUUCGCUGAGUUCCUGCGCACAUACGCUGCUGUAGAACCCACUGACAACAACGACUCUACGGACAAGAAAGAACUCACAGGACUGGAGAACGGUAGUGUGACUGCUCUUGUUGGCAGUCAGAGUGUGAGCAGUGCAUCCAAACCGUCCCAGACCACCAACAAAGAAGAAAAGCUAAGCAAGAAGACCACCAACACAGAGGCAGGAAAACUGACCGAGGCCGACAAGGCCAGCACCGGACGGGUGAAGUUGUCAGUGUUUCGGGCUUAUCUGAAAGCCAUCGGGGUGCCUCUGUCCUGCAUCAGUCUGCUGCUGUUCUUCACCCAUCACCUGCUUUCCCUGUUCUCCAACUACUGGCUGAGCCUGUGGACCGACGACCCUGUGAUUAAUGGAACCCAGCCCAACAGACGCAUGAGACUGGGAGUGUACGGUGCUCUUGGCCUGUCUCAGGGUGUGGCAGUCUUCGGUUACUCCCUGGCUAUGUCCAUCGGUGGGAUCCUGGCAUCCCGUUACCUCCACCAGUCUAUGCUCUAUGAUGUACUGCGCUCACCCAUGUCAUUCUUCGAGCGGACCCCGAGUGGUAACCUGGUGAACCGCUUCGGCAAGGAGAUUGACACUAUAGACUCAGUGAUCCCCAGCAUUUUAAAGAUGUUCACAGGGUCCUUGUUUAAUGUGCUGGGUGCUUGUCUCGUCAUCCUGAUUGCCACGCCGUGGGUGGCUAUCAUCAUUCCUUUCCUUGGCUUGCUCUACUUCUUUGUGCAGAGGUUUUAUGUGGCCUCGUCUCGCCAGCUGAAGCGUCUGGAGUCCGUCAGCCGGUCACCCAUCUACACUCACUUCAAUGAAACACUGCUGGGCGCCUCUGUCAUCCGAGCCUUUGGUGAACAGGAGCGCUUCAUCCACGAGAGCGAUCGACGGGUGGACCAUAAUCAAAAGGCCUAUUAUCCCAGCAUAGUGGCAAACAGGUGGCUUGCGAUCCGUUUGGAGUUCGUAGGAAACUGCAUAGUUUCAUUUGCUGCUCUAUUUGCUGUCAUAGCCAGAGACAGCCUUAGUCCAGGCAUUAUGGGACUGUCCAUCUCCUAUGCCCUGCAGCUCACUGCCUCUCUGACCUGGCUGGUGAGGAUGUCCUCAGAUGUGGAAACCAACAUUGUCGCGGUGGAAAGAGUGAAAGAGUACAGUGACACAGAGAAAGAGGCUGAGUGGAGACACGAGCCUUCAGGCCUUAACACAGGGUGGCCCACGGUGGGAUGCAUAGACAUCCAAGACUUUGGUCUACGCUACCGGCACGACAUGGACUUGGCCAUCCACAACAUCACCAUCCACAUUAACGGAGGAGAGAAGGUGGGAAUUGUGGGGAGAACCGGAGCAGGAAAGUCUUCUCUGACUCUGGGUCUGUUCCGGAUCAUUGAGGCAGCUGAAGGUCACAUCUUCAUCGAUGGCGUGGACAUUGCUAAGAUGGGCCUUCAUGAGCUGCGCUCCAGAAUCACCAUUAUACCACAGGACCCAGUGCUUUUUUCAGGGUCUCUGAGGAUGAACCUGGAUCCCUUUGACAGCUACUCUGAUGAUGAAGUGUGGACGGCUCUGGAGUUCUCUCAUCUCAAGGACUUUGUGUCUGGACUGCCAGACAAACUGAACCAUGAGUGUAGUGAAGGAGGAGAGAACCUCAGUGUGGGUCAACGGCAGCUGCUUUGUCUGGCCAGAGCUCUGCUGAGAAAGUCCAAGGUCCUGGUUCUAGAUGAAGCAACGGCAGCUGUGGACAUGGAGACAGAUAACCUGAUCCAAUCCACCAUCCGCUCACAGUUUGAGGACUCCACAGUCCUGACCAUAGCUCAUCGCCUCAACACCAUCAUGGAUUACACCAGGGUCCUGGUUUUGGACAAGGGAGAGAUGGCAGAGUUUGACUCUCCCUCCAAUCUUAUUGCUCAAAGAGGAGCCUUCUAUAACAUGGCCAAAGACUCAGGGCUGGUUUGAAGACAGACUCGAGUGCUGCUCCGGAAAACCCUGUCUCAGCUCCUGAGUGAAGGAUCCCAUUAUGGAUGGGAUCCUGUUCUGCGGAUAUGGAGAUCCCAUUCACAGUCAAUCAGCUUUACUCAUCAGAUUGACCAUUUACUGUUAGUCAGAUACGCUGUAUGAGUAUGAGCAGUAUUAUUUAGUCUGUGAAGGCAGCUGUAUGUCAUCGUCUGGGCUGGCAGAAGUAAUCCUAAAAGUUGUAUUGGUUUGGCAAAUGUCACUAAAGGAUAAAAAACAUAUACAUAUGUACAAGCCCACUUCCAAAUAGGUGGGAAUACUGUGUAAAAUGUAAAUAAGAACAGAAUGUAAUGAUGUGCAAAUGUCACAAACCCAUAUUUUAUUCAUAGUAGAACUACUAUAUCAUUGUAAUAAUUUAAUAUUUCAUAAUUUUGAAUUUGAUGCCAGCGACAUGUCUCUAAAAUGUUGGGACAGAUGCAACAAAAGGCUG